AUGCUCGGCUACCUAACCCCAUUAAUACCCUUUUGGAAGUUUCUGAACAGUGUCGAAAAAAGCCUUGCCGAGCGACAGAAGAAAAAAAUGGAAAAUCCAGCUGACAAACUGAUGCUACUCGAUCCUUGCGUAUUUGCUCAGAUGAUGGUUCUAUUGGCCACAUUCCAAGUGACAUUGAGCAGAUUUCCGGUCUUCUAUUACGGUCUAUUCUAUUCUGAGCUCCAGAACAUUGUCGCCAGACUCAAGUUGAAAUUGUCCGACUGCAGCCUCGAGGAGGACGAGGAAGACUCUGCUGAGGAGAUCCUCAAUUCAACUCAGAUCAAUCAGGCAGUCCCUGAUCAGAAGCGAGUGAAAAAGGAGCUGAGCUCAGCAAUCUGUGUAGAAAAACUGAGUCAGGGACUGGAAGAUCUCUAA